AUCUUUUAUCCUCGUGAGACUUCAGUCAUGACAAACCAACGGACAUCACCCCUGUUGUGGAUACUACUUCUAUCAGCUCUACCUGUUACCUCAUCCUUCCAGCCAGCUCUCAUAUUAGAAAUUGCAAAGAUUCUUAUGCAGAACUACUGUCUUCCAGAGAAGCUUUUUGGGAUGCAGGAAGCCAUCCAACAAGUUAUCACCAGUGGAGAAAUCCUGCAGAUUUCAGACAAGAAGACCCUCGCAAGUUUGCUCACAGCUGGAGUUCAAGGAGCCCUGAGGGAUCCACGACUGACGGUGUCAUAUGAGGCUAAUCCUGUUCCUGUUGUGCCGCCAGUACUGCAGACGCUCUCAAAAGAUCAACUGAGGCGGCUGGUGAGAAACUCUUUAAAGUUGGAUAUUUUGGAAAACAACACUGGCUAUUUACGCAUAGAUCAGAUUAUUGAUCAAGAGACGGUAGCAAAGGCUGGCUCUCAACUGUGGGACAACGUCUGGAACAAGGUGGCUCAGACAUCCUCGCUAAUCUUCGAUCUGAGGUACAACACAGGUGGAGAACUUUCUGGGGUUCCAGUGAUAAUCUCAUAUUUUUCAGAUCCAGAGCCCCCCAUUCAUAUUGACACAAUAUAUGACAGGUCCUCAAAUACAACCAAGGAGUUGUGGACCAUGUCAUCAAUACCAGGGAAACGAUACGGUAAGAAGAAGGAUGUAAUUAUUUUGACAAGCAGGCGCACAAUGGGGGCUGCUGAGGCUGUGGCAUACACGCUAAAGAAACUUAAGCGAGCCAUUAUAGUGGGAGAACGAUCAGCGGGUGGGUCAGUAAAAGUCCAAAAGAUCAGAAUUGCUCAGUCAGACUUCUACAUAACAGUUCCCGUGGCAAGAUCCAUUAAUCCAAUCACAGGCCAUAGCUGGGAAGUAAGUGGUGUUUCGCCAACAAUCAAUGUAAUGGCAAAGAAAGCUGUCUCAAAGGCCAAAUCCCUUUUGGCUCUGAGGUAUGCCAUCCCAAAGAUUAUGCAAAUCAUCUCGGACAUAAUGAGAGAUACAUAUGCUUUCAGUGACAGAGUUUCAACACUUCUGCAACAUUUGCAGUCAACAGACUUAUUAUCUGUAGGAUCAGAGAAGGACUUAGCUGUUAGACUCAACCAGAACCUCCAGACUGCAUCUGAAGAUCCUCGAUUAAUUAUCAGAUACAUGCAAGAUGAUGAUGCUGGUAUAGAACAGGACCAUGAGCUUUAUACAAUACCAGAUAAUACGGAAUUAUUAAAGGCAUACGUUAACAGAGUGUUCAAAGUGGAAGUUCUUCCAGGUAAUACUGGGUAUCUUCGUUUUGAUGAGUUAGCAGAGACUUCUGCUGUACCUGAACUGGAAAAGCUCAUGGCUCAAAAGAUUUGGGAACCCCUCAAGGACACUGAUAACUUGAUCAUUGAUCUACGAUACAACACACGUGGAUCCUCUAAUUCUUUGACACUUAUGCUGUCUUACCUGUGUGACUGCUCCCAGAAACCGAACUUCUUCACAAUAAAUGACCGAAUUAAGAACACAACAACAGAACACAAAUCUCUUUCGAAGACUACAGGGCCAGUUUACAACUCCAGACAUGGAGUUUAUGUGCUAGCAAGUUACCACACUGCAAGCACUGGAGAAGAGCUUGCUUACCUGAUACAGUCCUUAAGCUGUGGCACAGUUGUUGGAGAAAUUACAUCUGGCAACCUCAUGCACUCAAAGACAUUUGAGAUAGAAGGGACAGACAUUGCCAUAACCGUCCCUUUUAUAAACUUUAUAGACAACAAUGGGGAAUACUGGCUGGGAGGUGGUGUUGUCCCUGAUGCCAUUGUACUGGCAGAGGAAGCUUUGGACCGUGUUUAUGAAGUUAUGGAGUUUCACAAGGGACUCAGGACCCUUAUUGCAGGAGUUGGGGAACUGCUGGAGCAACACUAUGCAAUUGAAGAAGUAGCAAUAAAUGUAAGCCAGGUGCUGUUAACUAAAUGGAGGGAGGGGCUGUAUCGAUCAGUGGUCGACUUUGAAUCUUUGGCAUCUCAAAUGACAAUUGAUCUCCAGGAGAGCUCAGGUGAUCACCGCAUUCACGUCUUCCACUGCGAUGUUGAACCUGAGUCACCUCAUGACAUCCCGAAGAUGCCCUCACCAGAAGAGUUUGGAUACAUAGCUGAAUCUUUGUUUAAAACUGAGGUUUUGCCAGGUAACAUUGGUUAUCUGCGCUUUGACAUGAUGCUGGACAUAGAAGUGGUAAAAGGAGUUGGACCACAGCUCCUAAAUUCAGUGUGGAAGAAGAUGGUGAACACCGAAGCCCUCAUAAUUGAUAUGAGGUACAACACUGGUGGGUACUCCACAGCGGUUCCCCUCUUCUGUACGUAUUUCUUUGAUGCUGAACCACCACAGCAUCUCUACACCAUUUAUGCCCGUGCAACCAACACCUUGACUAAAGUCAUGACAUUUUCUCACAUUAGGGGUCAAAGAUAUGGAUCCUCAAAGGACCUUUUCAUCCUGACAAGUCAUAUGACGGGCUCACCAGCUGAAUUAUUUGCUCGCGCCAUGAGUGACCUUAAUCGAGCUACUGUUAUUGGAGAGCCAACAAUCGGAGGGUCUUUGUCCAGUGGGACCUAUCAGAUUAGGGACAGUGUACUGUACGCCUCCAUUCCCAACCAGAUUAUUUUAAGUCCCACAACUGGGAAAGUGUGGAGCUUUUUGGGAGUGGAGCCACAUGUUUCCACCCAGGUUACUGAAGCUCUUUCAGUAGCACACAGGAUUAUCAACCUCCGAGUUCAAGUUCCAAGCAUCAUUGAGGAAUCAGCCAUCUUGAUUGCCAACAAUUACGCCUUUCAGAGUGUCGGGGCAGAUGUUGCAGAAAAGCUGAGAGAGCUUUUGGCAAAUGGAGAAUUCAGCAGCAUUGUUUGUAAAGAAAGUCUGGAGACAAAGCUGUCAGCUGACCUCAAGACCCUUUCCGGUGACAAGAGUCUGCAGACCACCACCAACACCCCAGCCCUACCACCAAUGGAAUAUUCUCCAGAGAUGUACAUUGAGCUGAUCAAAAUCUCCUUCCACACUGAUGUGUUCGAAAACAACAUUGGCUAUCUCCGAUUUGAUAUGUUUGGAGACUUUGAAGAAGUCAAGCCGAUUGCCCAGAUUAUUGUGGAGCACAUCUGGAACAAAGUUGUGAACACAAAUGCUAUGAUCAUCGACCUCAGGAACAAUCUUGGUGGACCGACAACAGCCAUAGCGGGUUUCUGCUCUUACUUCUUCGAUGGGGACAAGGAGAUUCUUCUAGAUAAACUCUACGACAGAUCAUCUGGAACCACAACUGAGCUGCGAACUCUGGACGAACUUACUGGUGCAAGGUAUGGCUCCAAGAAAAGCCUCAUCAUUUUGACCAGCAAGGCUACGGCGAGCGCUGCGGAGGAGUUCGUUUACAUCAUGAAAAAGCUAGGCCGCGCCAUGAUUAUUGGUGAGACCACUGCCGGGGGUUCCCACCCACCAAAGGUCUUCCCUGUUGGUGAGAGCAACAUCUUCCUCAGCAUCCCCACAGUCCACUCCGAGACUUCAGCUGGGCCAGCCUGGGAGGGAGUGGGAAUCACACCCCACAUCCCCGCCGCGGCUGAAGCUGCCCUUGAGGUGGCCAAGGGCAUCUUAAACAAGCACCUGGGAGGCCAGCAGUAAACCUCGUGGCGUGGAGAUCUCUGUUUCCCCUUGGCAAUGAAUUCUGGGCUUGUUUGUGAGAACAGUGUAGGUCAGAGUAUGCUGUUCCUAGUUCUCAAAAUACUUAAACCUUGUUGUUUUUUGCAAUGUAGAGGUUCGGUUUUACGUAGGGUAAUGACGGCUAUUACCGCAAAAUGAAUGGAAGUGGAAAAACUAUUGUAAUUCUUGUGUAAAUGUGAGUCUUACUGCAUGUGUGAGUGAGAAAGUGGAUGUAAUAUGCCUUCGACAUUUGCUUUUCCUUUGUUGUGCUGUGGGCUUGAUAUGCCAGGUUUGAAAAAUAAUCACUUUAAAUAUCUAACGUCUCCACAUGUAAAGUCGUAACUGUGGAUGUAAAAUGAUGUUUGUCCUAAAUUUCACGUCAUGUGGACCUACUUGGGUUGUAUCAAUUCCAAGGGUGAGACCCAAUAAAAAUGGUUCAUAACUG